AUGCGCAUGCGCAUGGUCAUGAAAGCCGUACAGGGAUGGAUGAUGGCCAGAGCGCGAAUUGGUCCCUCGCUCUUGAAAGGUCGCGUCAAGGCAGCUGGGAGACCCACACGUUAUGUCUCGUCGCAAGUUGGUGCGACGAACACAUUGCCCGGACCGGACCAAGAUGAAGAAGACUCAUCAAGAGAUUCCAAGCCAGGACAAGAUUCGAAAUCCAGGGCUGGGCCGACCGUGUUCAAAAUCUUCGAGACGGCUGCCACCACUUUCGCCUCUAUAGCCGUGCUUGGUCUGGCUGGUUACUCCUAUCAUCUUUACUACAAGUCGCUUGUCCUGCGCAAAAUCGAAAAGGCCUUUGCCCCCGGAGAUCCUAUGCUGGAUCUUGCUUCGCCUCGGUCUACCGUCCGCGCCCCUUCCAGCACCCAGUCUGCAGAGGAGGCCAGUGAGGAUUGGAUAGCACGGCCUGAACAGGCCAAGAUCGACGCCAUCAUCAAGGGUGAAUCCAGAGGAAGAUACUAUCUCAUGGUAGGCGAGAAGGGGACUGGCAAGUCAUCCAUGAUUCUGGAGGCUAUGAAGAAGAUUGACGGCGAGGGAGUGUCCAUGUUUGAAGCCCACGCCGACCUAGAAAUUUUCAGAAUUCGACUGGGCAAGGCCUUGAAUUAUGAGUUCCAUGAAGACUACAUUGGCUCCCUCUUCUCCAUUCGGGGUCCAAGGGACACCACGGCUUUGCUUGACAUCGAACGGGCAUUUAACAAACUGGAAAAGGUUGCUCUGUCUCACCGCGACAAGAGUCCAAAGCGCAGUGGUCGGAAAGGGCCGCUUGUUGUCAUCGUCAACUGUGCCCAUCUCAUCCGCGACGACGAGGAUGGUAACGACUUGAUCGAGUUGAUGCAGCAGCGUGCUGAGCAAUGGGCUGCGGCCAAUCUCAUCACCAUGAUUUUCAAUUCCGACGACUACUGGGUCUAUGAGCGAUUGAAACGUUAUGCCACGAGGAUGGAGGUCAUUCCCGUCAUGGACCUGUCCAAGGAUCGUGCCAUUGACGCCUUGGACCGAUAUCGAGCUAGAUACUUCCCUCAUCAGGAACGAGAUCCGAAAAUCCUGAAAGAAGUCUACGACCUGGUAGGAGGUCGACUGAACUUCCUUAGUCGCGUGGCUAAGAGCUCCGACAUGAUAAGGAUGUGCCAUCAGAUAAACGAGUCCGAGAAAACGUGGUUCCUCAACCGAUGUGGUAUUCUAGGGGAAGACAUGGAUGACGACGUGAUGGAUCAACAAAAGUAUGCCAGUGCGGCCAUGGUGCUAGCCAAAGCAUUGGUGGAAAAGGAUAAGGAAUUGGACACCAACUACGACGAUGAGCAAGGCCACAUCUUGCCUCAAAUUCCACUCUAUAAAGCUCGCCAGGUCAUGACCCGAGCUGAUUUCAUCCAGAGCUACGACCAUGACAAUAUCUUCACUAUUGACAGCAGGGCCAUGGUGCGUGCAGACAGCGUGCCCAUGAUGAACGCGUUCAAGGAGAUUUGUGCCGAGGAAGGAUUCGACGAAUACCUAGAGGCCACGUUGGAUCGCAUCUCGGCCAUUGAGAGUCUCAACCGUACCAAGGAACUCACAUUCAAGGACUUGUGGAUCGAACAGAAAGGGGAACAAAGAGGAAAGUUUUCAUUCACUACGAGGGAUCAGAAGGGACGUGAGACUGGCACCGUCGAGAUGAGGGUCCAGCCCGAUCAUCCACCCGAAGACGACGAUUAA